AUGGCAUACAAGAGAUCAUACGCAUCAACCAAAUCGAACCAGCAAGAUCAAUCAGUAGAAACAAUAAUAAACCUAGACGCCAAAAAACGAGUCACGGUGCGUAAAUUCAACAAUGUUAAUUUGGUAGAUAUUAGGGAAUUUUACACUGAUGCCAAUGGAGAACAGAAACCAGGCAAGAAGGGGAUUUCAUUGACUGAAGAUACAUAUUAUAAGCUAAUUGAGGCACAUAAUAAGAUACAACACGCGUUGGAUGCGUUGAAUGGGGGAGGAGCUGCGCAAAAAAGGGCCAAAGUUGAAAAGAGUGAUAAGAUAGGGGGUGAUAAAGUAGAGUCGGCAGCAAAGAAGAAUAGUGAUGGUGUUAAGAAGGAGGGUGUGAAACAAGAACAAGCUGUUGUUAGUGGUGAUGCCGGCAGUGCUGGUGGGGAAGAGAAUGACACGGGUGGCGUGGACACAGCAGGAGCAGCAGCAGUAGCAGAAGACAACAAUAACCAAGAUGGAGAUUUUGCUCCUAAUAAUGACAAGAAGGAGGAAGAAGAGGAAGUAAGUGAUGCUGAUGAGUAG